GGAGGAGGAGGAGGAGGAGGAGGGAGAGUGAGGGAAAGCCUGGAAAUCGAGCCUGCAGGAUGUUUCCUCAGUGAGCGGAAGGCUGUUGCACAAUGGCGGUUUUUGAUACCCCGGAGGAAGCCUUUGGCAUCUUGCGUCCCGUCUGUGUUCAGCUCACAAAGACCCAGACGGUGGAGAACGUGGAGCGUCUGCAGGCACAGUUACAAGCCGUGAGUGACUCUGCCCUUCAGGAACUUCAGCAGUACAUCCUCUUCCCUUUGCGGUUUACUCUGAAGACCCCGGGCCCCAAAAGAGAGUGUGUGAUCCAGAGCGUGGUGGAAUGCAUCACCUUUGUCCUCUCUUCAACGUGCGUGAAGGAACAAGAACUUCUCCAGGAGCUCUUUUCGGAACUCUCUGCUUGUCUGUAUUCGCCUAACUCCCAGAAACCAGCGGCUGUGUCAGAGGAGUUGAAAUUGGCAGUGAUCCAGGGCCUCAGCGCAUUAAUGCACUCAGCUUAUGGGGACAUCAUUCUGACUUUUUAUGAGCCCUCCGUUUUGCCUCGUUUAGGAUUUGCUGUGUCUUUACUGUUAGGCCUAGCAGAACAGGAGAAAUCAAAACAAAUUAAAAUGGCUGCCUUAAAAUGUUUACAGGUUCUACUCUUUCAAUGUGACUGUCAGGACCAUCCGAGGUCCUUGGAUGAGCUUGAGCAGAAGCAGCUGGGGGAUUUGUUUGCUUCUUUUUUACCUGGACUCUCAACUACACUGACCAGGGUCAUCACAGGAGACUUUAAACAAGGGCACAGCAUUGUCGUGUCUUCCCUAAAGGUCUUUUACGAGACAGUGAGCUUCAUUGUGGCUGAUGAACAGCUCAGAAGAGUCUCAGAGGUUCAGGCAAAGCCUGCUGUGGAGCACAGAGUAGCGGAGCUGAUGGUUCACAGGGAAGCCAGUUGGGUAAAAAAUACCAGCGACAAGUUGACUGUCCUUAUUAAAAAGAUAAUUGAGUGUGUUUCAGUUCACCCACACUGGAAGGUGAGGCUGGAACUGAUACACUUUGUCGAGGCCCUUCUCUUGAAGUGCAGUCAGUCGCUGGUUGAAUCAGCUGGUUCCCUCCUGAAGGCUCUGGUGAGUCUGGUAAAUGACGAGAGUCCUGACGUCCAAGCCCAGUGCAAUAAAGUCCUGAGACGUUUUGCAGAUGAGAAAGUGGUGGUGGGCAGCAGAGCCUUUGCUGACGUCUUGUCAGAAAACCUGCACUCCCUUGCCACGUCCCUCCCCCGCCUGAUGAACUCGCAAGACGAUCAGGGCAGGUUCUCUACUCUCUCCUUGUUACUCGGAUACCUGAAACUCUUGGGCCCCAAAGUGAACUUUGUCCUCAACUCUGUGGCCCAUCUCCAGCGCCUUUCCAAAGCGCUUAUCCAGGUUCUAGAAUUAGAUGUGGCCGACAUCAAAAUCGUUGAAGAGCGGCGUUGGAACUCGGAGCAUCUGAGUGCUUCUCCAGAGACGUCAGUGACGCGGCCAUGGGGUCAAAUGCAGAGGAGGUAUUUCCGCUUCUUCACCGACGAGAGGGUUUUCCUGCUCUUGAGGCAGGUUUGUCAGCUUCUUGGUUUCUAUGGGAACCUCUACUUGCUUGUGGACCACUUUAUGGAACUUUACCACGAGUCGGUGGUUUACCGGAAGCAGGCCGCCAUGAUCCUUAAUGAACUGGUUGCUGGGGCUGCUGGGCUGGGGGUGGAGAAUCUUCAUGAAGAACACAUUAAAACCAGCCCGGAAGAACUGAGGGAGAUCGUGACGUCGAUACUUGAAGAAUACACAAGCCAAGAAAACUGGCAUUUGGUCACUUGCGUGGAAGCUGAAGAAGUGGGAGAGGAGCUGACAAUGGCUCAUUCAGGCCUUUGGGCCCUCACAUCUGGGGCACACUCCUGCCAGGCCGCCUCGUCUCCCACCUCCUCAAAGCCAGGUCCCACGAUCUGCUCCAUGAACAGCAACAUCUGGCAAAUAUGCAUCCAGUUGGAAGGGAUUGGCCACUUUGCACACGCACUAGGCGAAGACUUCCAUUUGCUCUUGAUGUCAGCCCUCUAUCCAGUCCUGGAGAAAGCUGGAGACCAAACCCUGCUCAUCAGUCAGACAGCCACCAGUGCCAUGAUGGACAUUUGCCACGCUUGUGGCUACGACUCCUUGCAGCACUUGAUCAAUCAGAAUUCAGACUAUUUGGUAAAUGGGAUCUCUUUAAAUCUGCGUCAUCUGUCUCUCCACCCCCAUACCCCGAAGGUCUUGGAAGUCAUGCUACAGAACUCAGAUGCUAGCCUGCUUCCUUUGGUGGCAGAUGUGAUUCAAGAUGUCUUGGCCACCCUAGACCAAUUUUAUGAUAAGAGAGCUACUUCCUUUGUCAGUGUACUGCACGCCCUGCUGGCAGCAUUAGCCCAGUGGUUCCCAGACGCAGGUCAUCUCGGGCAACUCCAAGAGCAAAGUGUAGGGGAAGAGGGAAGUCAUUUGAGCCAAAGACCAGCAAGUCUUGAGGAAGGACUUGAGAAUACCGCAACAGCCGAAGACAUUGAACAGUUCGUGCUGAACUACCUCAAGGAAAAGGAUGUGGCCGAUGGAAAUGUCUCAGAUUUUGAUAAUGAAGGAGAGGAGCAGUCAGACCCUCCCGAAGUGGAUGAGAAUGACACCGGUCCCAACAUGGAGCCACCACUGCCAGUGCAGGUCCAAAUAGCCACAGACGUGAUGGAGCGCUGCAUCCACUUGAUGUCAGACAAAAAUCUGAAAAUCCGCUUGAAGGUCUUGGAUGUGCUGGAUCUGUGUGUGGUUGUUCUGCAGUCCCACAAGAACCAGCUCCUUCCCCUGGCUCAUCAGGCCUGGCCCUCGCUCGUGCACCGACUCACCAACGAUGAUCCCCUGGCGGUGCUCAGAGCCUUCAAGGUUUUGCGUACCCUGGGAGGCAAGUGUGGCGAUUUUCUAAGGAGCCGGUUCUGCAAAGACGUCCUGCCAAAGCUGACUGGCUCUUUAGUCGGCCAGGCUCCCAUCAGUGCCAGGGCUGGCCCAGUUUACUGCCACACGCUGGCCUUCAAGUUGCAGCUAGCGGUCUUGCAGGGCCUGGGCCCCCUCUGUGAGAGACUGGACCUAGGUGAGGGUGACCUGAAUAAAGUGGCUGAUGCCUGCUUGAUUUACCUCAGUGCCAAACAGCCCGUGAAAUUACAAGAGGCUGCCAGGAGGCCCCAUCUCCUUUCUGUGGUGAAGUGGAAACGAUGAAUUAGAAUAUUCUAAUCACUUCUCCAGCAACCACCACUGAGGUAAACUCAAGAUUAUCCUAAGUAAAGAAAACUUACAUUGUUCAGGCAAAAAACAGGCCAGAAAAUGUUUCAAAGUGCCCCCUCCACCUUUCUCCCUUGCCUCCUUAGCAUAUGUCUGUUAAACCGAAGGAAGAAAGCAAAACUGGCUUCGUCGAAGUAAAACCCAAAUCCCCCGAGGGCACAGGCUUUUCAGAUGAACGAAUUAAAAACCAGAAUUUAGCUCCCUUUAGUGAGCAUUUAAGUUCCUAUCUGAUGCCCAGCAGUACGGGAGAGGCUCCCAGGAAUGGUCAUCAAGAGCAAAAGGUGAUGGGCUUCCUAGGUGGCGCAGUGGUUGAGAAUCCGCCUGCCAAUGCAGGGAACACGGGUUCGAUCCCUGCUCCAGGAAGAUCCCACAUGCCGAGGAGCAACUAAGCCUGUGCGCCACAACUAUUGAGCCUGAGCUUUAGAGCCCGUGAGCCACAACUGUUGAGCCCAGGUGCUGCAACUACUGAAGCCCAAGGCGUCUAGAGCCCGUGCUCCACAACAAGAGAAGCCACAGCAAUAAGAAGCCUGCGCACCACAAUGAAGAGCAGCCCCCGCUCACCGCAACUAAAAGAAAGCUCUUGCACAGCAACAAAGACCCAACGCAGCCAAUAAAAUAAAUAAAUUUAAAAAAGAAAAGAAACUACUCAGAUUUUUUAAAAAAGAAGAACAAAAGGUGACCCAUCAAAGAGGUUCUGCGCGCUGUCAGUUGGUAGACAGGGAUCCUUGUGGCAGGCCCUGUGUAGGGCUGGGUCUGUGUUUUCUCAUUUAAACCCUGGAUGAAGUACAUCCUGCAUUUUUAGAAAUGAGGGAACCAAGACCGAGGCAAGCCAUACAGCUAGUGACGUCUGCGGUAAACGCGACUCCUGUUGGUAACGCGCCCUGGUCCUUCCUUGGUAGUGAGCAGCUGCCCUCUCCUUUAGAUCAUUUUACAGAAUAUAACUAUUUUGAAGCGGGAUGCCAUCUGAAGUCAUUAGUGUGCAGCGUAAUAAGUCCCUUAUUAAACAUGAAGCCUGUUCGAUCAAGUGCUGGUCGAGUGCUUACCAGGUGCCAUGCCCGGUGCCUGAGAUACAGCAGUGAACCAAACAGACGUGGUCCCUGCCCUCGGGUGUUGUGCUGUGAGGAAGGGAAAUGGUCGAUAAACAGGCAGUUGAUGAAUGCUGGGGAGGGUGUCCUGAGAGAGGAAAACAGGGGCAGCCGCCUAGGUGAAAUGGUCGGGAAGGCGGACCUCUCUGUGCAGGUGAUGCGGGAUCUGAGAUGGGCAGGAUGGCUAAGAGAGAGCCACGCAGCUAGGAGAGGGUCUCGUCCUUUCUGAGACUGAAAAGCCAGACUGGAUCGCUGAGUCAGCCAGGCGUAGGAAGCUUGCACUAGGGUUGCCCAGUGCAGUGGUCCUGGGCACCGUUCAGAAAUGGGAUGUGAGCCGAUAAAAGGCAAGGGCUGUGACCCUACAGUUCAGAGCAAGACGAAGAACCUCACCCAUGCUGGGGGUCUGGUGCUGGGUGGUCCCGGCCCUUCAGCUGUGUUCGAGUUGUGUGUAGGGCACCAGUGCUCUGGCUCUGCUAAAGGCUCAGCCGGUCCUGCCAACGGGAGAAGAACUGGAUCUGAUCCCUAUACGGGCGCGUUCAGACCACUGAGAAUCCGUGGCUCUCAGGAGCCAGAAAGGGACCAACUACUAAGUUCAGCAGCAUGCUGGAGGGUCAGAGAUCAGGACCUGAGACAGGAGUUGAGGGUUUGCCCAAGCAGGAGGGGGAGUCCCUGCCCCGGGGCUGGUCCUGUGCGCAGAGUGGACCCUGUAAUGGGGGGUGGGCCCUAUCCAUUUUCUUCCUUCUGAAAACUGCUUUAUGGCCCAGCAUUUAACCAGUUUCUUUGCCAAGAGCUUGUUUGAUGUCAAGAUUGUUCUGCUCAGACUAAUUUCUUUCCUUCUUGCUAUGUCAACGGUUAUGAAACACUUUACCUCUCUUUCUGUUAGGCUUUGGGACCAUCCUAAUGGCCCUGUCUGAGGAACUAAAGUGGGUUUUGUUCUACUGUGUGAAGUGAUGUGAUUAUCAGUUUUUUCUCGAAUAGUCCAGUGAGCAGCCUCUGGGGUGGGGCACCAGCAGCCCUGCCUCGUGCCCCCCACACUCCUUUUCCAUCUCUCUACAGCGUUUUCCUCCACUUGGUGAAGGUAGACCCAGACUCCACCUGGUUCCUCCUGAACGAACUUUACUGCCCAGAGGAGUUCACACCUCCGCACCCCA